AUGUUGACUGCAGGAGGCCUUAGAAACGCCUGCCCGAGCUGUCGAGCUCGUCUGACAAGCUGGGCAGGAAAUGGUUUUGCCGGCGCAUCUUUAGCUGGUCGGUCAGCUCGAUCGAGCUUCGCGCAACAGAAUCGCCCAGCUGUUCUGCCAUUAUCGAACAAGCCCGCUGCCCGUAGAGCAUUCACGACAACCUUGCAGCAGCUCAAAGACGUCGAACCGAAACAAGGCGAAGUCGAAGGGCUCGCGCGAAGUGCCGACAUCGAGACGACGGUUCGCGAGGCGAAGCAGAGAUUCCGGGAUACGCUGCCCAAGGGCUACCUCACCGAAGAGGAGUACGAGCUGUACGAGCGGUGGUACGGGCCGCCGCUGAGAGAGACGUCGCCAGACGACGUCGGCAUCAAAUAUCUGAAUGACAAACACUCUGCACGGCUCCGACAACACGGCUCUGGCGGCACGACUCUCCUUCGGCAAAACGACGGCGGCACGCUGCAGGAGGUGCAGUAUGACCCGAAGAAACCGACCGAUGGCGAGGAAGAGAUUGCACAAGACGAUGGCUCCUCCGGAACAUCCCAAGGCGCUGGAGCGACCGGGCAACAGACGCCCAUCGGCAGCGACAAAUACAUCAACAUCGUGGCGAGGAACAAGAGAGAAUAUGAUGCCCUCAUGAAGUUGCAAAAAGAUUUUGAAGACAAUGCCCGUGCCGUCGUAGAGGCCGAACGGGGUCGCCUAGAGGAGGAGGCGCUGCAGGAUGAGGAACGGGAGUUCGAAGAGGAUGAGGACAAUGAAGACUUGGACUUGGACGAGGACGGUAUUGCGGACCAGAGGACCUCGACGCGCGCCGGUCGCAUGCACCCCUUCUCGAGGGAGGGGCACUUCUCGACGAACCCCAGCACCGUGAGCUUGCCGCACGUCGGGUAUGUCGCCCCGGUCACGACGAUCCUCGACAGGACCGACAUCAAGCACGUGAAGGAUGCUGCCGAGAAGGCGUUCGGGGGGCCCGGCCUACCUCACUCCCCCGCCACGCCCGCGUCCAAGAAGGGCCUGGGGCAACAGCCCAUCGGCAUGGCCGCGUGGCAGCACAAGAUGUCCGACAUCGAGGCAGACGCCUUCGUCUCCUCGUUCCUGCCCCCCGCGUACGCGUCGUCCAUGGGCACUCUAGUUGAGGUGCGCAAGCGCCUGGGCACCGACUGGCUGCGCAAGCUGUUCGAGAAGCCCGACGGUCCCCGCGUCCUCGAUGCUGGGACCGGCGGCGCCGCCCUCCUGGCGUGGAAGGACAUCUCGCGCGCCGAGUGGGAGGCGAUGCUGUCGCGCGGCGAGGUCGAGGCCAAGAACCCGCCCGGGAAGCUGUCCGUGGUCGUCGGCGCCGAGAAGCUGCGGAACCGCGUCGCCAAGUUCCUCCAUAACACGACCUUUUUGCCACGCCUCCCGGACUACGUCCACUCGGUUGACAACGCGCACCUGCAGCUGGAUGCCAACGAGGUGCCCAAGCCGCGCAAGAUGUACGACGUCAUUAUCGCCUCACACCUGCUCCUCCCUGUCAAGGAGGGCCACAGGCGCAAGGCGAUCCUGAACAACCUCUGGUCCCUGCUGAACCCGGACGGCGGUGUCCUGAUCGUGCUGGAGAAGGGGCAGCCCCGCGGCUUUGAGGCGGUGGCGGACGUCCGCGAACGCCUGCUCAGCGAGUUUCUGAUCCGGCCCGGCGGCGAGAACCCCCUCACGCAGGGCGAGGAGGAAGAGGGCCGGAAUCCGGCCUACGAGCGGGUCAGGGAGCCCGGCAUGAUCAUCGCGCCCUGCACGAACCACCGCGGGUGCCCGAUGUACCAAACCGCCGGCAAGAGCAUGGGGCGCAAGGACUUCUGCCACUUUAGCCAGCGCUUCGUCCGGCCGCCGUUCCUGCAGAGGAUCAUGGGCGCGACGCAGCGCAACCACGACGACGUCCUGUUCAGCUACGUCGCCAUCCAGCGCGGCGUCGCCGCCAAGGAAGGGCCCCUCGCCGGGGAGGAGGCGACGAGGCGCGCGUUCGAGGGCUUCGAGCGGUCCGAGACGGCGCCCGACAUGCUCUCCCUCCCGCGCCAGAUCCUCCCGCCCAUCAAGCGCCGCGGCCACGUCACGCUCGACGUCUGCACGCCCAACGCGCAGAUCGAGCGCUGGACAGUCCCCAAGAGCUUCAGCAAGCAGGCGUACCACGACGCGCGCAAGGCCAAGUGGGGCGACCUUUGGGCUCUGGGGGCCAAGACGCGCAACCCCCGCAACGUGCGGCUGGGCAGACCCGAGGCGCUGGACGACGGCGGCGUCCGGGCGCAGCGCGCCAAGGCGGCCAUGAGCAAGAAGAAGAAGAUCAUUGGCGUCAACAUCAACGAGACGGGCGUCGUCGGCAACCCGCAGGAUCCCGAGACCGCUCCGAGACGGAAGCGUAGCAGGAAGGCGGCCCGUCAGGAGCUGGCGAGGAAGCUGGCCAAGCAGGACGAGGAGCAACAGAUGUAA